AUUGUUAAGUUGAUUAUGUGAACUUUUCCUCUCUCUCUAACAUUAAUUCAUUUCAGUCCUCUCUCUAUCCAGGAGAAGUAUUUGCUACAUAUUCAGUCUUUCUUUCUAGAAAGUGGGAUUUAGUACGAUGACUACUCGCAUUGCCCCUGGCGUGGGGGCGAACCUCUUGGGCCAGCACUCGGCCGAGAGAAACCAGGACGCCACUGCAUACGUUGGAAAUCUUGAUGCUCAGGUUACUGAGGAGUUGCUAUGGGAAUUGUUUGUCCAAGCAGGCCCAGUUGUCAAUGUCUAUGUGCCAAAAGACAGAGUGACAAACUUACAUCAAGGAUAUGGGUUCGUGGAAUUCCGUAGCGAGGAAGAUGCUGACUAUGCGAUCAAGAUUUUGAACAUGAUCAAGCUUUAUGGGAAGCCAAUAAGAGUAAAUAAGGCUUCCCAAGACAAGAAGAGCCUGGAUGUUGGAGCAAAUCUUUUCGUUGGCAAUCUUGACCCAGAUGUGGAUGAGAAGCUUUUAUAUGAUACUUUUAGCGCAUUUGGUGUUAUUGUCACAAAUCCAAAGAUAAUGAGAGAUCCUGAGACUGGUAAUUCGCGAGGUUUUGGUUUCAUCAGCUACGAUUCAUUCGAGACUUCUGACGCUGCAAUUGAGGCUAUGAAUGGCCAGUAUCUUUGCAACCGCCAAAUAACUGUAUCAUAUGCAUACAAGAAGGACACAAAAGGAGAACGCCACGGGACCCCUGCCGAGAGGGUUCUAGCAGCGAGCAACCCAGCAGCACAGAGGAACCGGCCCCACACCCUCUUUGCCAGCGGGCCCCCCACUGCUCCACCACAGGCCAAUGGUGCCAUUCCAAACCCCCCAAUGGCAGCACAAUCACAGCCCCCUCCCCCGCCCCGACCAUUUGCAAAUGGCCUAGUCCCACCCGGUCAAAUCCCAGCUGUCCGUCCCCCUCCCCCACCCCAAGGCACUGGGCCCUACCCCCCUCCUAUGCAAAUACCUGGGGGCCCACUGCCAUCAUGGCCAGGUCAGCAGCAAAUGGCAGCUCUCAUGCCAGGUCAGCAGUUCAGGGGCCCAACAAGGCCGAUGCCACCCAAUAUGCCACCGCCACCUCAGCAGGGGCUACUUGCACGACCCAUGCCUCCAUCUAUGGGCCUGAUGGGCCAGGGCCAGCAGCCCAUGUGGCAGCGUGGCCCACCACCCCCAUCACAGCCAGGGAUGCGGCUCCCACCCCCACCGCAGAUGGCUGCGAUGCCCCCUCCACCUCCGCCCCCGGUGAGCUCAUCGACUGCUUGAUGGGGGCUUUCUUUCAUUCUCCUCAAAAAUACAUUCUCUCUCUCUCUACACAGUCUCAGGGUUGAUAGAUCUCUCCCCUAACUCAUCUACUGCUCCACUCACGUAGGAAAUAUCCUCUCUCUUAACUAUCUACUGCCUGAUGUAAUCCACAAUUCACUUAGAGAACAUUCGCUCUCUCUACUCAGUUGGAAAGAUGAGGGGGAUUGAUAAGUACCAUUCUACAUGUUCAUCUCUCCCGGAUGGAUCCUUGAUUUCCUAUCUAAGAAAACAUGGGUUACCAUAUAUGACACUCUCAUGUCCUGAGGGAAGAUCUAUACUUUUGAAACAGGAAUUGAAAGUGGGAGAGGCUGCCAUAGAUAUCGAACGAGGGGGACGGUACUUAGUGUGAAUGUAGGCAUACAGAUAUUUUCAUUUAUUAUUUUUCCAUUCAGGAUUUUGGGCAUGCUACCUGUUUGUUAUUCCAAGGCAUCUCUUGCUACUCCUUUCCUCAACAAAUCAAACAGCCUUUGGUGAGCCUACAGUUUAUUGGGAAAGUGGAUUCUCCUGUGAUAUUUUUAGGUUGAUGUUUUAGGCUUUUGCAAUUUGUUUAUGGAUAUAUGCUUUAGGCUUUUGCAAUUUGUUUAUGGAUAUAUGCAACCAUGUUGUGGGCUAUAUGCAGAAUGCUUGUUGACAUGUUGACUUUGAGUUUACUGUAACUUGGGCUGGCCUAGGUUUCAAAUUUUGGCCCGGCAAA